AUGACACUGCUCUUGCAGAACUCUGUAAAUGGGAGUGUGAAGUCGACAGGACCACAGGAGACCUUACAGCUCACGAGCCCGGUCAAAGCUUCCUUCAAGGCCUUUUUUAGGCCUGCGGCAGUCUUACGGGAGGAGGACGCAGCCAUACAAACUUCCCCAGUAACGCCUCCCACAGUGCCUCCCACAUGUCAUUGGCCGGAUGUUGGGAAAGAUCCUGGAGGACAAGGCGACAUCCCUGACUAUUCUGCCGCUCUGGCCUACCCAGGUCUGGUUCCCGAUGGCCCUCCGGUUACUGAUUGCACCUCCCCGCCUUCUUCCUCGCGCUUCCUUAACACUACCCCAGGACCCGUCGCGAGUACAUCCUCAGACCUCGAAGUUGAUAUUGUCAGCCAUGAUCCUCUCUGGCGAUCCUUUGCAUACAGAGGCCUUUCGCAGGAAGUUGCCGAAUUUCUGCUUCAAUCGUGGAGACAGAGCACGAAAUUACAAUAUGGGCCGCAUAUCAAAAGAUGGUUGUGUUUUUGUGUCGGCAGGGAAAUUAAUCCUUUUCGACCACCUGUAAGUUGGUUGUUGGAUUUCUUGUUGCAAGAAUUUAGGAAGGAGACGGGACGGAGCUACAGUUCUUUGAAUGUCGUUCGUUCUUCUAUUUCUGCCAUUGCUAAUAUAGAUUCCAAACCCGCGGGCCAGCACCCUCUAGUCUGCAGGUUUAUGAAGGCAGUUUUUCUAUUAAGGCCAUCUUUACCCCGUAACUGCUCUACGUGGGAUCCAGAUGUAGUCCUGACGCACAUAAGAUCUUUGGGGCAAAAUGAGGGCCUGUCCAUGAUUCAGUUAUCUGGGAAAUUGGUCAUGCUCAUGCUCCUGGUAUCCGGACAACGUGGCCAUACUUUACAUCUUUUGGACACUAGGAACAUGACAGUUUCUCGUUCUGAGGUUUGUUUUCGAAUAGGUGAUCUUCUGAAAACUUCCAGACCUGGUGUUCAUCUCUCUGAGCUUGUUUUUCCGGCUUAUUCUCCAGACAAAUGUUUAUGUGUAUUCACCACUAUUUGCUGUUACUUGGAAAGGACUGCAGGGAUUAGGGGCUCUAUUACCAGGUUCUUUUUAACUACUAAGGCUCCCGUGCGGUUAGCGUCACGAGACACUAUAAGACGCUGGACUAGGAAUGUCAUGAGGGAUGCAGGUAUUGAUUUAACAAUUUUCUCACCUCACUCCACCAGAUCUGCCUCCUCCAGCAAGGCAUCCCUGACUCUACCUGUCUCCACAAUCAUGGCCACUGUGGGGUGGUCGUGUGAGUCUGUUUUUGCUAAAUUCUACAGGAGGCCGUUGUCCAAGCGGACAGAUUUUGCUAGUGCAGUGUUGGGCUGAGGAGGUUUCCUUCUCUUGAUUACUUGGGUAUUUAUUAAGGUAUACACAUACAUAUAGAUUGUUGAUUUGCACAUGGAUUGCAGCCUGUUCUAUUAUUUGUGUUGAGUUUCACUUCUGUACUACCUUAUAUCGUUACUUGGGAAAUAAAUGGUUAUUCUUU